UAAUGUCAACAGCACAAAGUGUCAAAGGGACUCAGUACGAACAAACAGAUUUAACUAUAAUCUUAGGAUACUUCCAAGGUAUUAUCGUUCUGGCCAUCAUCUUGGUGGGUGUGGUGGGGAACAUAGUAUCCUUACUAGUAUUCUACCGCGCCAAGAGACCGGGCGACCCAACCAUACAAUACCUCACUUGCAUCACACUGGGAGACACCGGAGUCCUCCUCUUUUUAGCCCUCCCAGAUUGGCUAAAAUACGGCAUGCCGCACUUAUUUAACUUCUCAUUCGACCUAUUAGGGACUGCAAAUGUUGUUUGUAAGUUAUUCUUUUUCGUGUUUUACACCGGUGCAACGUUUUCAUCGCUGUGUUUAGUCAGCUUUACGAUAGAGAGGACAGUUUUCGUGUGGUUUCCGUUCAAGCGGUCUCUCAUCACGGGUAAGAAGAGAAUAUGCGUGAUUGCUGCGAUUUUUCUCUUGAGCGUCGCUACCAACAUCCACGUUGCCAUCUACAUGGAGAAUUUCGCCGGCGCUGCGGGUGUACAUUGCUACUACAGACACGUCACCGUGGAUUUUGUCUUGGACAAUCUCCGUCUCGUCACCAUACCUUGCGUUCUGAUUUUCACCGCAAAUAUCCUAAUAAUCAUUGGGCUGGUCAAAUCGAGAAAAGCAAGAAAAAUGUUGUCUUCAACAGCUAAUGAUGAUCAGGAUGAAAAGCAAAGUAGUGUCCUCGUUAAUCUCCUUCUCAUUUCGUUGUUUUAUAUCCUCUUCAACAUCCCGCGUACGAUAGUCUGGACCUAUUUCGGUAUAAUAGAGGUUGACACUGACACGGACCCAUCUUAUAGGAGGAUGGUUUUCCUCAUUGCAAAGUUUUGUGAGGUGUUCUGGAUGUUCAACUAUUGUACGAAUUUUCUCAUAUACGGGGUGUCGUUACGGUUUUACAGGAGAGAGCUAGCAGCUUUAUUUUGCCGGAGAAAGAAUUAAAAAGUAAAAAGGUUCUGAGAGAGGCAUCUUUGGCACCUGAACAGACCAAUAACUGAAGUACCUCGAACUACAGGCAAAAUUGUGCACGAUGAGGCUAACCCCAUCGAAUUGAAUAAAAUAAGUUUUGCGACGACCACUGUGGUACUCUUAUUUAGCGAUGCGUGAAUUUUUUUACCGAAAACGAAACUAUUUUCUUCAUUUACUUCUUUAUUUAGCUAAAUCCGCGGCAAACUUUGAAGUGAAUUAAAUAAAGUCAUGGAAAAAGAACUGCAAGCAAACGAUCGUGUCCUUUCUUUGAGUUUGGAUACUCGAGUCCUUUCAAAUGAUGGAAAGGGUUUGACACUGGGUUUGGUUGUGAAGAAGAAACCAUUGGAGUCAACAGUAGAGAGUGGGAAAGACUUGCUGGAAAUUGCAGUGACAGGCUGGCAACAGGAUGGAAAUUCUAUAGCCUCAGAUGUACAUGAUACUCCCGGGAGCACUUCAUGCAGUGUUCUUAUUCCAUCUGUUGGUGCAACAAUGAAGUUGAAGAUACAAAUUCAGCAAAAUGAAGAGAGCAGUGUGCCCGGUGCCGCAGCAAGAUCAUAUUCAAUUAUAGAGAAGGAGACAACUGGUGGUGAAGAAACUUUUGGUUCUGCUGCAGGCUCUAAAGAAGAUGACCAGAAUGAAUCAGAAGAUGGAUCCUGCAUCUGUGAGCUAUGUGGGAUGGUAUUCGCUCAAAGAAAGUGUCUCGCUGAUCAUUUGCUUGUCCAUUCGGAUCACAUAAGUCAUGUAGGUGACGACAUUGCAGUUGCUGGCGAUAGAUUGAGUGAUGGGCUGGCUACUAACGUGGUUCAUGUAGUACUGGAUGCUGAUGCCGUCAAUGAUGGUAUUGCAAGGGAUGUUGUCACCACUGCUGAAAUAUCUGAGAUAGUUUAUACCUCUCCCAUCAAAAAACGUGUUGUUGUUACUGAUGCAGUUAAAAUUGUACCCACUAAAGCCGUAAAUUAUUUUGUAGUCAACUGUGUCAAUAACGCUACUGGUGGAGGUAGAGACGAUGCUAUUGACACUGAUGCAUUCCAAGAUUAUGUUGUGGCUACUAAUGCAGUCAAAGCUGAUGUUGUUGUUCCUUAUGCAGUCAAAGCUGAUGUUGUUGUUCCUUAUGCAGUCAAAGAUGAUGUUUUUGCUGAUGUAGUUACAGAUGAUGUGGUUCCUGAUGCAGUCAAAGAUGAUGUUGCUUGGUGUUUCUCAUGCAGAGAUGGACUUUGUGUUGCUCAUGCAGACUUAGAUAAUGUUGUUGCUACCGAUACAGUUAAUAACCUGACACCAGAGAAGGGUGCUUUAUCUGGAGAAGAUUCUAAACCUGAUGAUGCAGCAGAAUCCGUAAAAGACAUCCUGACCAAAAAAUCUGAAAAAUGCUUUGUUUGCGACGAGUGUGGUAAAGAAUUUGAUAAAAAGUACCUUCUCACUGCUCAUCUACGUGUCCAUUCAAACGUUAGGCCAUUUGCUUGUGGAGAGUGUGAUAAGUCUUUCAAGACAAAAGGUGAUUUAGUGAGGCAUGCUUUAAGUCAUGAAGGGAAGAAGCCAUUCAAAUGCCCUGAGCCAAACUGUGGUAAAGACUUCUUCCGGGAGUGUCAACUGAAGUCUCAUGUCUGUAGCAAUGCAAGCAAGAAGAUCAAAUCAGACAGCAGUGAUAGUAAACACCAGUGUCAUGAGUGUGGUCUAUUGUUUAAUAAUAAGAAUAACCUAAAUAGUCAUAUGGCUAUACAUACAGGAGAGAAACCAUAUGUAUGCGAAAAAUGUGGGAAAGCAUUUUAUAGAGGUACUCAUCUGAAAAGUCACAGUCUUUGCCAUGAAAAAGAAAAAGGUUUCCAGUGUCACCUUUGUGACAAAGGUUUUUACACGAAAUCUGGGUUAAAAAAACAUGCACUGCUGCAUGAAGGGAUGAAAUUCGAGUGUGAAGUGUGUAACAAGUCGUAUGGCUGUGUGGGUGAUCUGAAGCGUCAUUCGCUGUCCCACACAGGCCUAAGGCCUUUUAGGUGUCGGGAAUGUGGGCAUGGGUUUUCUCGGAACUACUUGCUUCGGAAUCACUGUGAACAACAUCAUCCGGAUUUGAUUGGUUUUUCCACUCGACCAUUCAAAUGUGAGCAUUGUAUGAAGAGAUUCAAGGAUGAAAAUGAGCGAGACAAACAUGCCAUUGUUCACGCUAAAAAGGAGCUAUUCAAAUGUCAUGAUUGUGAGAAAGCAUUUGGACGGAGAUAUGACCUCAUCAAGCACCGUCGUAAACAUUUAGGAAAGCACACAGGAAUAUUUCAGUGUGGAGAGUGUGAUUAUGUGUUCUCUAAAAAAUCAGCCCUCUUCGAGCACGCGCGAACUCAUCCAAAUUUUGUGCCGACUAAAUGUCAAGUUUGUGAAAAAGAGUUCUUGUCAGAUGGUGAUGUUAGAACUCACAUGCGCGUUCAUACACCUAAUGUGAAAAAACGAGAAAAGCGAUUCAUGUGCGAGCAUUGUGGAAAGGCAUUUGAGUUCCGGUCAAUCUUGACUGCACAUGAGAGACUCCACACAGGAGAAAAACCAUUCUCAUGUGAUAUGUGCACGAAAGCUUAUACCGCGAAAGCACACUUGGAUACUCACCGCCGUCUGCACACUGGAGAAAGGCCGUUUACAUGCGAGCUGUGCACAAAAGCUUUUAUUUCAAGGUCUGCGCUGAAAGAUCACAUCAGUGUUCAUCACACAGGACAAAGGCCGUAUGAAUGUCUGCACUGUGGUCAAGCAUUUGCACGGAAUUAUCACCUUACGCGACACUGUCUCCGUAUUCAUCAUAUUGUAAAUUAAUGACACAUGAGAAAGUGGAGAAAAACAUUGUCUAGGCCACCUGUUUUUUAUUGCUUGGAUCACAGGAUAGCCGACCUUUUAAUUUCAGGACUACAGAAGCCUUAUAUGGUUAAGAAAAUAAAAGAAAUGUUACAUUAUUUGCUCGCUCUGAUCAUAACGUAUUUGAUAAAAUUGACUGACAGAAGAACUAGAUAUGAAGUUUAUGAAGCAUAUAAUGUCAUGUUCUUGAUUUGGACCGUGUGUGAUUCCUUAGACUAGGGGACAUACUGCCCGAGAUUGGGUAAUAGGUCGGUCGCAUAUCUCCCUUUUGGAGGCCCCGGCACCAACUCUCGCUGCUCUUUCAAUAUGGAGCCAUCUUGUGUCGGCCUAAUUUUUUUUCUGGAAGCACUUAGUGACUUACAAGUAAUGUUGUUUAAAGCACUUUUCAAGAUGUCUUUCCUGAAUAAAGCAAUUUCCUAAGAUUUAAA